AAUUACUUUAUUUCCCUUUCUGAAAACUCCAAAACCUCCCUCCACUCUGUAAAUCACCAGAUCACAAAAAAAAAAGGCGAAGACGAAGACCCUCUUUCUCCCCUUUUCAUAUUUUCAAAAUCCCUAGAAUCCCAUCUUAAAUUCGCUGCAUUUUUUUUUUCAAACUCAGCCCCCCCUACAAUUAAUUACGGGCAUACUAAUUAAUUGCUGGAAUUUACAAAUUAAAGAAAUUUCCGUCGCUGUUGUAUGAGAUGAACAGUAUCUGCAAGUUUAAAUUCUUCGAUUCGUUUCCAGGGUAGCGGAAAGAGGUGUUUUUUUUUCUUCUUCUUCUGGGGUUUCUCUUGGUUGGUGGUACUUUUGUUGCUGAAUGGCUAAGCGCGUGCACCAAGUUUGGAAGGGUAACAAUAUCUUUUUUGUAGGUGGGAGGUUGAUUUUUGGCCCUGAUGCAAGGUCAUUGCUUGUCACGUUACUGUUACUCAUCGUCCCAGUCAUCAUCUUUUGUGUUUUUGUUGCAAGGCAUCUUCGCCAUGAGUUUUCAUCCUACAACGCAGGAUAUGCAAUCAUGAUAGUCGCUAUUCUCUUCACCAUUCAUGUUUUGGUGCUGCUGCUUUUCACUUCAGCUCGAGAUCCAGGAAUUGUACCCCGUAAUUUACACCCACCAGAAGAAGAAUUCCGUUAUGACACGUCAGCAUCUGUGGAGGUUGGCGGGCGGCAAACACCAAGCCUCCAGUUCCCUCGAACUAAAGAAGUAAUGGUUAAUGGGCUUCCUGUUAGAGUUAAAUACUGUGACACCUGUAUGCUAUAUCGCCCUCCUCGUUGCUCACACUGCUCCAUUUGCAACAACUGCGUGGAGCGUUUUGACCAUCACUGCCCUUGGGUGGGCCAGUGCAUAGGAAUGCGAAACUACCGUUUUUUCUUCUUCUUUGUUUCUUCGGCGACACUUCUCUGCAUCUAUGUGUUUUCAAUAUGUGCUCUGUACAUCAAGAUUCUGAUGGACGAUCAUCAUGGAACUGUGUGGAAAGCAUUGAAGGAAUCUCCUGCAGCCGUAGUUCUGAUGGUCUAUUGCUUCAUAUCCCUGUGGUUUGUCGGUGGACUCACUGGAUUUCACCUUUAUUUAAUAAGCACAAAUCAGACAACCUACGAGAAUUUCCGUUACAGAGCAGACAACAGGAUCAACGUUUACGACCGUGGAUGUCUAAACAAUUUCUUCGAAGUAUUCUGUACUGAGGUGAAGCCUUCAAAGAACAACUUCCGAGCUCUCGUACAAGACGAACCCCAAAGGCCGCCUAUGCCUACCACCCGAGACUCUGAAACAGAGGAUGUAGGUGGAGAUGACCGGAGAAUGAAGGUGGAGGAUGAUUUAGACAUUGGCGGUGAUCUUUUGAAGAUUUCGCAGCGUCAUAAUAUCGAAGAUAUCGAAGCGGAUAUUCGUAGUAGAGGCAGCGAUGGUGGGCCCCACCACAACUUGUCUGAAGCUGAUUCUGUCUUGGGUUCCGAUAGGCGGAACCCUAACCCUAAUAACCAAUCGGACACUAGGCAUUCAAGUUGGGGGAGAAGUGGGAGCUGGGAAAUUGCGAACGAAGGGAGUUUCUCCACUCCAAAAGAAGGGUAUCAAUGAGUUGUGAAGCGAAUUGCUAAAGUUGAAUGGAGUUUGUGUUGAAUUUACGAUUUGGAUGGAAACAAAGUGGGGUAUUAUAUUAAAAUCCGGGCGAAAGUGUGGUUAAUUUUUUUCUUUUUUUACCAGUUUAGGUUACAAUUUGUUAUUCGGUUCUUUUCUUGCUUGUUUCUUGGAUCGAUUUUGUCUUUCUUUUCUUUGUGCUAUUAUUUUAUGAAGCAGUGAAGGGUAGGGUUUAUGUGUAAUUGUGAUGAUGGGGGAAAAUGUUCCUUUUGUUCUUACUUUUGUGAUUUCCCCCCAAAUUUAACCUGCUCCAUUAUUGAUGUGUAAGUCAUGAACUGGUAUUCUUUGUGUAAUUAACUCUUUCAUACAUCUGGAAAAAGGUGUUUAUUUCUUGAUUUCA